CUGCCACGCAGGCACACUGAAGUGGACCAACCGCGGUGGAUGGGAGGGAUCAGCGCGAGCCUGACUGGUAGCCACGUAGCUAGCUAACACCGUUAGCUGUGGAGCUAACGUCAGCGAACGUCACUAUGGACUUGCCACAUCACGGGUACCGAGCAACCGCUAAACCGAGAGCUCGUGCAGCUCCCCCCACAGCAGAUUCUAUCCUGUUUGAUGACACCAGUGCUGCAGCAUCAUCAUCAAUGAACAAUCAAGGAUACUACACUCCUGGGUACAAUAUGGCAGGACCCCCACAGGACAUGCAAGGAGGUGGAGGGCCAAACAACCUGUUUAAUGACCCAAUGGCCAAUGCUGCAAUGAUGUACGGCUCCUCGUUAGCCAACCAGGGAAAGGAUAUGGUGAACAAAGAGAUCAGCAGAUUCAUGUCUGUGAACAAGCUGAAAUACUUCUUUGCAGUUGACACCAGAUAUGUUUUGAAGAAACUGAUGAUCCUCAUGUUCCCUUACACACAUCAGGACUGGGAAGUUCGCUACCAUAGAGACACUCCACUGACUCCAAGACAGGAUGUGAAUGCACCAGAUCUUUACAUACCAACGAUGGCUUUCAUCACCUACAUUUUACUAGCUGGAAUGGCACUUGGCAUUCAGAAACGGUUCAGUCCAGAGGUUCUUGGACUGUGUGCCAGCACCGCCCUCGUGUGGACCAUCAUUGAGGUCUUGGUGAUGUUGUUGAGUUUGUACCUGUUGACAGUACACAGCGACCUCUCAACCUUCGAUCUCAUUGCCUACAGUGGAUACAAAUAUGUUGGGAUGAUCCUCACAAUGUUGUGUGGAUUACUGUUUGGCAGUGACGGUUAUUAUGUGGCCCUGGCUUGGACCUCUUGUGCCAUUAUGUUCUUCAUUGUUCGAUCUCUCAAAAUGAAGAUCCUUACCUCCAUCUCCUCGGACAACAUGGGAACUGGAACAAGUGCCAAACCUCAGUUCCGCCUUUAUAUCACUGUGGCCACUGCAGUGUUUCAGCCAAUCAUUAUUUAUUGGUUAACCUCUCACUUAGUCAGGUGACCGUGAGGCAUUUAGUAACCAGAUGUCCAUGUGAGUUGGACCCAAAACAUUUGAUUGUUGAGUGUUUGUACACCUGCCUUUAUACGCUCUUUUGUCAGUAAACUCAAAGCAUAUGUAGACGGUGUUGAACUGCAGCUUGUGUUGACCUCGUCAGAUGGACAUGUUCAUAAUGAAAUGCUUUCAUUGAUUUAACCACAAAGUGUGACACAGAAAAUGUCUCACCGGAAGUUGUUUUUCCACGAGUGUACAGUAACUCUGAGGUGCUUAUUUUUGGCCACCUAACUUUGAAGAAAAGGGCUUUUAUUGUGAGAUUUGUUUAAUCGCAACUCAGAUUCAGUUCAACUUCCCAUUUAUAUAAUGUCCCUAGACAUACUUUACAGUAUUUACACCCCAGACUACACAAACCACACAGACACAUUAAUGCACAUUACACAUGACUCAAGUACCAUUUUUCUGGUAUGGUAAUGUGGCUGAAUUAUCCCCCUUUCUUUUGUGACUCCUGAAUUUUAUGUAUCUACAUUUGGCUAAGCAUGACAAUGUUUGGAUUUUUUGUAGAAAAAAUAAAUAUAUUUAGCUUUGUGUAUUAAA